AAGAUCAUCUUCCAGGGGGUCUCAUCAACUGUGGAAACCAAAGUGGCCUAUGCCUGCCACAACCGAGGCACUCUGGUCUUUGCUACGCAAGCUGCUGAGGUCCAGGUGUUGUUUCUGUCAGGGAGUGGCUCCCAAAGCCAUAAAUACAAAUAUUUUAAGGGACAGUAUUAUGUAUUCAGAGACCCUGAAGUUGUGGGCUCUUCAAACGAUACCGUAGCAGCUCCCCAAGAGCCUGACCAGGAGACCUCUAAAAAAGAGAGCUGGAGGACAAAGGCAACAAAGGGUUUACUGCCCACGCUCACUGCCUCUCCAGGCCCACCAGCUGCCCCUGCUGGUGGCAGGAUCCAGCCUGAGCUUGUGAGCCCAGAUGGAAAGGCCCAAAACCCUCCUGAUCCCAUAGAAGAUGCUCAGUUUGGUACUAACCUGAGCAAGCUUGACCCGAGUGAGCAUGGUCAGCUGCAGGAUGAAACCAAGCUGGAAAAGAGCCUUCAGGACGGUGGCACUGAGGGCAGAGAAACUGAAGGCGAUGUGUUGGUGGAGACAGCUCCAGCUGGACAAGACGCUGGGUGUAAAGCUGAGCCAUCUGCUGAGGAGCUGACCAAGGGGAAUGUAGAGCCAGUAACUGCCCUGGCCACCAUAGUCCCAAGUCACUCAACUGAUUUUCCUUUCUCAGAGAUGCCCAGCAGUGACACAGGUGCCUCUGACAAAUCAUCCAGUCGGGGUCAGGCCAGUGACAGCCUGCCAGAAGUGGCUGCUGCUACACAUCACACACAGGCACCAGUGCUGGAAGAGCCACCACUGGACACCAGCACAAAACCUUCUUUCUACCCCUCUCCUGGUGUGACUGCUGGUGAUACGGUGUCUCUGGUGGAAAGGACUGAAGAGCUUUCUGAUCUGGUUUCUGCCCUGGCAUCUCUGGAGAAUGGCACAGCUCUGCAGUCCCAGCACCAUCCUGGAGAUGUGCUGUUUGAAGUAACUAUUGAAGUCAAACCCAAGGACUGGAUUCCUCAUGGUGGAAGUGAGCUCCAAAAGGGUCUUCUUGAAUCUGUGAAGAACCAUAUACAGAAGAACCUGAAACUUUCUGCCAACAGAGUCAAUGAAAUAAAGUUAAAUGAUGUCAAAAGCACAAGGGAUGCCAACCUGCUGCUCACCUUCUGGCUGCAUCUGAAGCCGGAGGAGAGGAAUGUGUCUCUGCACCUGCGCUCCCAGCUGGAGGAGCUGCUUGGCAACUCAACAGGAGCAGAGAAGCUGCAGCUUGUUUCGCUGUUUGUUCAAGACGUGAACGAGUGCAAUGCCGGGGUUGGCCUCUGCGGGGAGGAGGCAGAGUGCUUCAAUGGCGUGGGCAGCUACCUCUGCCGCUGCAAACAGGGCUACGAGGAUCAUUCUCCCACCAAGUCGGGCACCCUCUGCAUCCGCGCCCCCCGAUCAGGGAUCAGCUUCUUCCUCCGUCACUCUGACACCGUGGUGGGGGCAGCCAUCGUGGCUGUCCUGGUGAUGCUGGCGGCUGCUGGUGUCCUCUGUGUGACAGCCAUGUGGAGAUGGCAUCCCAAGAGGAGCCCAGGCCUCGAGGAGCCAUCAGUGAGGGCCGUGGAGGAGCCAGAGAUGGAGUUACAUGACCUGGGGGAGUGCCUGCGCCUGGACCCCUUCCAGCUGAAGCUGCGGGCCAGGCACCCUGAGUGGCUGUGGCGUGUCCGUGCCCACCAUGGCCAGGCAUGCCAAGUCUUUCUGGAGCAGUCUUCCCCACUCUGA